GAGAGAGAGUGCUCCUGAAAAGCUAUGUAGAGGAAAGACAAUGGGGAUCUUAGGAUAGACCAAGGUACCUAACUGAUCUUUUCAGAGCUGUGGAUGCCUCUCUCAUCACUGCAGUUUGUAUUUAUCCUUUGUAACUGCUCACCCCAGCUGAGAGAGAAGACCUACUGACCAUCUCCUCCCAUGAAAGAGAAAAAAAAAUGACCCAGAAAUUCUAUAUUUUUUGAUUAACACCCCUUCAUCCCUGUAUUUUGAUUGCAUACAAAAUGAGAAGCUCCCACCCCCUGCUCCAGACAGGUCCCCUCCAGUCAUAUUCUUCUUGCACAAAUGACUUUACAGAACCUAGACUUUAGCAAGCUGCAAUAUUCAGUCCCCAUCCCCUCCCCCCAUCCGACAUCCAGAUCCAUACCUACACCAAUACAUGUAUUUAGAUGGAUCCUCUCUAUCUUCUGAAGACAUGACUCAGAUCUAGAAAGCAAAAUACUUCGCACUUGCUUGCAGUAAAGAGACUUUAUUUUUUCCACGAGAAUACAAAGUCUAUUGAAGAGAUUCCCAAAGAGGACAGAGAAAUAUAUAUAUUAUUUUUUUCACUCAAAAAACCCCCCCAGGAAUGUUAUAUCAAGAUUUGCCAUGUUCUUGAAGCAAUAUUUAUGCAGACGCUUAAAGAAGACUACAGCUCAUAAAACCACUGGAUAAGGAAACUGUGCAGCAUCCUCAACUGACUUCCCCCUGCUUCCUAGAAUGAGUAAUUGCAGCAGCCGUGCACUGACCCUACUCAGUAGUGUCUUCGGAGCCUGUGGUCUCCUCCUUGUCGGUAUAGCCGUUAGCACAGACUACUGGCUCUACGUUGAAGAAGGAAUUGUCCUACCUCAGAAUCAAACAACUGAAAUAAAGAUGGCGUUACAUGCUGGUCUCUGGAGAGUGUGCUUUGUAGCUGGUCGAGAAAAAGGUCGGUGUGUUGCUUCCGAAUUUUUCCAUGGCCCAGACACGGAUAUUGUGACGGAAAAUACUGCAAAUAUACUCAAGACCAUCCGCAGUGCCACACCGUUUCCCAUGGUCAGCCUUUUCCUUGUAUUUACUGCCUUUGUCAUCAGCAACAUUGGUCAUAUCCGACCACAAAGGACGAUACUGGCUUUUGUCUCUGGUAUUUUCUUCAUCCUCUCUGGCCUUUCCCUAGUUGUUGGUUUGGUUCUUUACAUCUCAAGCAUCAAUGAUGAAGUUAUGAACCGUCCCAGUAGUUCUGAACAGUACUUCCAGUACCGGUAUGGGUGGUCCUUUGCUUUUGCAGCCUCCUCGUUCCUUCUAAAAGAGGGUGCUGGUGUUAUGUCUGUGUACUUAUUCACAAAGCGGUACGCCGAGGAGGAGAUGUAUCGCCCUCAUCCAGCCUUCUACAGGCCCCGCCUAAGCGACUGUUCAGAUUAUUCAGGUCAGUUCCUUCACCCAGAAGUAUGGCAUCGUGGGCGCAGCCCAUCAGAAAUCUCUAGCGAUGUGUCUAUCCAGAUGACACAGAACUAUCCACCUGCCAUCAAGUAUCCAGACCACAUACACAUAUCAACGUCACCCUGCUAAAAGCGCAAACAAUGGGAAACUGUUUGGAAGUUCUAAACGUCUCCUAUGGAUAAAACUCUCCACAUUGAUGUCACAGUUUGACUUUUUGAUCUGUUAAACUAGAGAGUAUUGCGGAGUCUAAAAUGUGAACAUUUACUUCCAAGUAUAUGGAACGUUACCACACAUGUUCCAUGUAAUCUAUCAUUUAGAAUUUUGCUUCCUCCUUUUUAUUUGAAGUUAGCUACUAAAUUGUUGUUUCUUUGUAGACUACGCAGAUAUUUACCCUUAUUUUCUUUUUAUACUUUUAUUUACUUUACCUAUUACUUUUCUUUUUAGACUUUUUUGUUGCGUUUUAAAAUCUUUUCUUCUUCCUAUAAAAUAAUUUCUUAGUAUUUUGAAGGAGAUUAAUACUCAAUCCUGAGCUUUUGACUAUGUGAAUAAUUAUUUCUAAUUUCUUCAAUGAAACACAUGAACAAUGGAAGACCACACAAGCAACCUUUUCUCUUCCACUACAAGCUUUAUCCUAAUGUAUUGUCAACCAGACUCAAAAACAAGGAAAAAUGCUAUUGAUGAAAUCUCUCCAGCAAAAUGGUUUAUUGAAGAAAAGAAACUAUGUUAUUUCUCCAUGAAGAAAAUGAAUUGGAAAGAGGAUACGUUUUAUCGAUUUAUGAUGUUCGAACAGACACACUGGUGUCAAGUACCUAGAAAAUCUAAACGACGAACACAUUUAAAUAAUUUCCUGUAGCACCCUCUUUGUAGGGUACAAUAUUUUGGAUGGGAUCCAAAGUCUUACAAAUAUGCCAAUGUUUCGAGCUCCCUGUGCCAACUACAGUAUAUUGGUGAAGAAAGCUCCCCAUGAACGUUACUUUUCAUUGAUUUAUUAUUUCCACAAUCAUAUUUUAGAAAUAAAACAAUCAGAACUAUGUGGUGUGGGGUUUGUUAUCAAAGCAUGGAGAGUGAUUAUGGAGUCAAUAUACUAAGCCUUGGAGAGAGAUAAAGUACCAAGAAAUCAGCUCCUGUCAUUUUUCAAACACAGCCUGUAAAAUGACAGGAGCUGAUUGGCUGGUACUUUAUCUCCGUCCACUUUAUGUCUCUCCCAGGCUUAAAGACCCCUUUACAGUACCAACCAAUCCGCUUCUAACUGUCAUGUUACAGGCUGUGUUUGAAAAUGACAGUUAGGAGCUUAUUGGUUGUUACUUUAUCUCUCUCCAUUUAUUCUCUCUCCAAGCUUUGCUAAAUCUCCCCCUAUAUCUGUUAGAAAAACAAAAACUAAAAAUUCAAGAUAAGCAUCGCGUCCAUCCUAAUCUGGUUAUUCCAAGUAAUGAUCUAUUUGGAAGAUACCAAGGACACUGUCUGAAAGCUGAUUUUCUGAUAGAGCUGUCACGGUGUUCUAUUUUAUGUGUCUCUUUCCUCAAGUAGUUUAAUCAUCGGUCUGGAACAUUUUAUUUUUCUUCUGCAUUGUCAGUGAAAAGUAAUAGCAUGGUGUAUUUUUUUUUUAACAAAACAAGAAUCAAAGUUCUAAAAUUCGAUACCCACUUAGCACCGUUCAUUUGGGAGCAUGACUAUAAAACCAACAAUCAGCAUUUUGAUUAAUCUUAGCUGGCACAGUUGGCAUAGAAUGGGUGGCAUAAAGACUUAUAAUGAAGGAAACGUCUCAGCUUACAACCCGUUAGCUGAAUAUAUUUCCCACAUUGCACUAUCCUCACAACACAUUCUGAAGUGUUGGUUUAAUGUACAAAUGAUGUAUAGACUGAUAUAACUCAUUUUACUGCUGUGAUUUUCACAGGGACUAUGAAAGGCCUGGCUUGCAUUUUGCCCAUCGUAUAUCCUUUCAACCACGGAAGUCAUUUUGUUUCUGCAGUGAGCAGAUUAUAAUGGUGUCUAAAAGCACUGAAAUGUAUAUAGAUAGUUGAUAUAUAUCAAUGCAAUGUAAGAAAUAUAACAUGAGAUAUAGUGAUGAAAUAAUGGUCUGUCUGGAAGUCUUUAGCAGUUGCAGUUGACCCUAUAAAUAUAUAUUAUAUUACAGGGGUAGACAGAUAUUGGCACUCUAGUUGUUGAACAACAUGUGAAAUAGUUUUGUAACUACUAGACUGCCAAGCAUUGCUCACCCUCCAAAUAAACCCUAAGGUCAGUAAAGACCUCUAGAUAUAUCAUUAUUGGUAAGAUCAUUCUCUCCUUACUAAUUAAGGAUAUUAUAUUUUUGCUAUAGUUUAGAUUUCAGCUGUGCUUUCAUAGCCUAUCAUUUGUUAAAUGAAUGAGUGGGAAUGUAAGAGAAAAGAAAUCUAUACCCACUAAAUGAAGAAGUUAUGUACAGUAAUAUAUGAUGCAUAUACCUCUAACUGACCAAACAGAUUGCUUAAUUUUCUUUGCAAUAACUGGCCUUAUUGUUAACGAGCACAUGAGUUCUGACCUGUACAGUAUAACAUUUGAAGAAACUAUUAUUGGGAAUCAAAAUGUGCAAAUUGUUCAAUUCUGUGGGGGAUUUGAAUGGCGGUAGUUGCCUAAAGUUGCUACACGUGUGUGAAAAUGAUACUGUAACCAUAUGAGUCAAUGGUCCAGAUGUAAUGAAGUCUGAGUUGACCGGAGGUGCGGGUUCCCAGCCAAACUGGGACUUUCUUUUAAAGCGGCAAUCAUGGCCUUGUAAAUGAUUGCCGCUUUAAAAAAUGUCUGAGUUCGGCCGGGAACCCACACCUCCCGCCAACUCGGACUUCAUUACAUCUGGCCCUAUGAUAGAGAAGAGGUAGUAGAAAUAUCAUCUAUUUUCCCAUGUCACUACAACUGGCAUAUCUUCAAAUAGCUUUCAAUCCUUACCAAAUGUUGGUUUACAUAUUCUGUACAGGACAAAAGUUAAAUAGUACAUUAACAAGUGAAGCCUGCUCUAUAUUUUACAUGAUCUGUUUGUUCAAUAGUUGAAGAUUCUUUGCAAUUUUAUAUCAGCUACUCCAUUUUAUACAGAAUUGCAAUGACUCAAGAGGUGCCCUAAUAAAACACCCUACAGGAAUGCUAUAAUAA